GUGUGUACACGUGGAAAAUUUAAUUUUCCACAGUGAUCGAGCGCACAUAUUCGCAAACUGUUGAAACAGGAUGGCGUUUUCUCUAAAUCUUAAGCGUGUUUUGAUCAGUGACAGUGUGGAUAACUGUUGUAAAACCAUUCUGGAAGCGAAUGGAAUCGCCGUGGAUCUUAAAACGAAGCUCACCAAAGAAGAACUUCUUGCAGAAAUUCCUGUACGCUAUGCAACCAAUUUUGAUAAAUUUGUCGCGUCUGGAUUUUUUCGUUCAUUCUAUACUUUAUUUUCAGAACUAUGACGGUCUGAUUGUCCGAUCCGCAACAAAAGUAACGGCUGAAGUGAUCAAAGCUGGAAAAAAUCUUAAAAUUAUAGGUCGCGCUGGAACAGGCGUUGACAACAUCGACAUCCCGGCUGCCUCUCUUCAAGGAAUUAUUGUCAUGAAGUAAGAAGUUAUUUGGUUAAAUUUUUUUUCAUUUAAAUCUCAAUAAGUUGUAUUAGUUUUAAAAAAAUUUCAUCGAUGGUCGGUAAUAGGUACUCGUGUCACACCAUUUUGAAAAUCUUGUACAAGUUGUACAUUAAUAUAAACUUAGAUGCAAAUAUUCGGGCGAUGUUUGAGAUAAACUAUGCAGACAUGACCAGUCUGUUUUGGGAGGUCGCUUUUAACUGAAAGAGGAAUACUUAAGUGUAGAGGUGAAAGUUAGAUUGCUUCAGUUUAACGUAAUAUUUCUCGAUUAUGUGACUUCGCUGGUCUGUGAAAUCACUAACCCGUCGUAGAAUUACUGAGGUGUAAAACUACGUCACGUUAAGCCAUAACAUCAUCCUUUGCCUUUUCAUAAAAUAAUAUAUCUAAAGAGCUCUGUCUACUGAUUUUAAUUUUCUGACUAUGUUCACAAAUGAAUCUUUCCGCAUUCAAAUUUUCAUAAAAUUUUUAUUUAUUUUCCCUUGUGACAACGGUGUGAUCGUUGUAAGUAGCUGGGGGAUCACAUGCUUUUUGUCAUCCAAUGCAUUUCCAAGGAUUAUUUAAACAACAACGUUAGUCCUCAAAUGAUCGGUGUAACAUUUUCUAAAUAUGAAAUAGAAAUAUUCGCCAUUAGCCUGCACAACAAACAUUAUGCAACCAUAGUUUCUAUCAAGCCUGUAUAAACAACCUUUGCUCAACUCUUUAGGAGCCGAAAGGAUACAUAGGAGCUUUGUAGAUGUCAAGUGACAGCCCCCUCAACAAUUGUUUUUUGUAUCUUGUCUAGCACACCAGGAGGCAAUACAAUUAGUGCCGCUGAACAGACUUGUGUACUUAUCAGCACCCUUGCAAGGUAAAAGAACUUGGUUAACAAUUAAGAGGGUAAUUCUAUGAUAAGAAUCCAAGCUUUGAAGUAAUUUUCCCAUAACACUAGUGUAAAAAAAAAUAUCAGAGUAAGGUAUAUAAUUGUUAAUAACUUCUUGCAUUCGGGGACAAAAUUUUGAAAUAAUUGUUAUCAGUGCUGAAUUUUCUAUUUUAAGCUAUAUGAUGCAGAUGUAAAUACCUUUGCAGUAAUUUGGGUAUUUGGUUUCAUUAAUUAUGUUGUUUAUGCAUUUUUGUGAUAAUCAAUCAUAGCAAAUAGAAAAACAGUUGAUUCUUCUCAGGGUAUUCAGGUUGGUACAUCCACUGGAUUGGUCAUGUUAACCAGAUUUAUCUGAUGUUGUAGCUAGGAAAAUGACCAAAGUUGUAUAAUUGCCUAGCAUUUAAUAUCUGUUAUCUUUAUUUAUUACCCAAUUAAAAAAAGAUACCCAAAAAAGGGAAAUAACGUAUGGUCUAUGAGAUAUAAAAAAUUUAAAGUUAAGAUGCUUUGGUGGUCUGGAGGUUGAAUAUUACAUUUCUUCUCCUGACACAGACAUACAGCUCAGGCAGAUGCCUCCAUGAAAGCAGGAAAAUGGGACAGGAAGAAGGUAUGCUUACCAUUUUGGUCUGAGAGGGGGGAUGACUUAAAUCUGAAAAGAAAGGUGGCCUUAUUGGCUUGUACAGGUGAACAAAUUUUAAAUUUCUAGCCCUCUUUGGUUAAGUGCUCUUGAGAAUAAGUCAUAGUUGCCAUUGUGUUUUGGUGGAAGUUGACUAAAGAGGAAGCAAUAUUAAGGCUGUAUGGUCUCAAUAAUAAGUUUAAAGUGGCUCUGACCUACCAGCUGUUUUAAAAGAAGCAUCUCUAGGGAGCUAUGAAAGAGUGUGAGCCACACCCUGAUCUUCUGUACUCAUGGAAUGAACACAAAUUCCAAUCAACAUCCCCCACUGGAAGUUUGGUUUACCAGGGUUGUCACUAAAAUAAGUCUUGAAAAUAUGUAGGAAAAAUUUUGAAGCAUGUAUAUAGAUCUGAAUGUAGCACACAGUCUUAGGAAAUUAACUGAUUCCAAAAACAAAGGUAGCACUGUAUUUCAAAGACACUUUUCAACAGAGCUCUUUCAGAGGUUUUUCUGGUGUUCAACCUCUUUAUCCCAGCUAAUAUUGAAAAAAAAAAAAACAAAAAAAAUUAUCUUAGCUUUAUGUUUCAUAAUCAUUUUGCAGUACAUGGGAAGCGAACUACUUGGCAAGACGUUAGCAAUUGUAGGAUUAGGAAGGAUUGGAAGAGAAGUUGCUCAUCGCAUGCAAUCCUAUGGUGUGACGGUAAGAAAUUGUGAAGAUUUGAAGUGCAAGUCCUUUAUAAUGUCUUGUCGUUGGAGGCAGUAUGGCCAAAUGGGUGCACUUCAUUUUGAUAUAUGCUCCAUACAUUAUGAUAUGGGCUUGAUAAUCCUAAAUUCAAUAUUUCUCUUCCCUUUUUUUUCUUUUGUUUGGUUUUUUUUUUUCAAACUUUCAAAGUAAUCAGAAUGAACCUCCUCCUGAUAUUAUCCAUAAUUGGCCCCAGCAGACAGGUAAUGAGGAUGAAUGACCUGAUCAGCCUACAGGUGGUAUUUUCAUCACAAGAUUGUUGAAGAGGGCAAAGGGCAAAUCAGCUAUCCUGCAUAGAAUUCAAGAGCAAAUAAACUAUUUAAUUGUUUUAGUACAAGAUCAACUUGUUGUUCAAAACUGAACAAUAAAUGAAGACAGGCUCAUUUUUGUUUAAUUUUUUUUUUUUAAACAAAGAGGUACUGGCAGGCCACUUACUUAACUUAUUACCUGUCAUGAAAAUGAAUAGCAAGCAGGGUAGCAAAUCAGACUACAGCAUUUGUGACAGAAUGCCGGUAAAUUGAAAUCUCUCACAAAUGAGGUGUUUUAUAAAAGUUAAAUAUGGAUUCUAAUCAUUGUAUUAAUAGCAGUUAUGAAAUUCAUAAUUUUUCCUACACUUUUUUGUGUUCUUUUAACAGACCAUUGGAUAUGAUCCAAUUGUUCCUGCUGAAGAGUCAGCAAAAUAUAACAUUGAAUGGAUGGAACUGGAUCAGCUGUGGCCAAAAGCAGAUUACAUUACUGUGCACACGCCUCUUAUACCACAAACAAAGGGUAGGUGCCAUCAAGAAGUUAUUAUAAUUAUAAUAAUAAUAAUAAUAAUAAUAAUAAUGAUAAUGAUAAUGAUAAUGGUAUACUAAAUUCUCUCUUUGCUGCUAUACAUGUAACAAUUUAAAUUCUUGUUUGGGGAAAAGCAUUGUGAGGGAAAAUUAUCUUUCUUAAAAAAAUCCAGUGCAGUUACUUCAGCCAGGUGUAAGAUAUUACUCUUAUCACUGGGGAAAGAUGUUUUUUGUCAAGUGUCAUAAGCAUAGGAGAAAGAAAAAAUUCGGAGUCCCCAUGAGGAAUCAAACCUCAGGCCUUUGGAUUCCAUGCUCUGAUGCUCCAAUUUUUCUUUGUCCCAUGUAAACAUCUUUUUCUAGUUCUUUACCAAGCUCAAAACUUACCAUCUCCCUUAUUCUGUUUACUCUUAUUAUUAUUGUUAUCAUAAUUAUUGAAAUCAAUAUUAUUGUUAAAAGGGGUUAGCUUCUAAAGAAACAAUGGUCUUGCAUCGGUGGGGGAGUGUAGCAAGAUACUGGUAAUUUUUUUUAUCAACUGAGUUGUUGAUGUAAAUUGCCCAUUGUAAAGGGUUUCAAAGCUGAAAUUUUUGGCAGUAGCCCCUCAUCUGAGCAAAAGUAUUAUUGUUACUUUUAUAAAUAACUACUUUUGUUAAAAUGUUUGUCAGUCAUUGAUUGAAAAUCAAUAUUUAUUUUUUUCUUAUGCAGGCCUUUUAGGGGAUAAGACUUUCCCACUCUGUAAAAAAGGUGUGUAUGUGGUCAACUGUGCUCGUGGUGGUAUCAUUGAUGAGGCUUCUCUGCUGAGGAAUUUGGAAUCAGGGCAGUGUGGUGGAGCAGGUCUGGAUGUGUUUGAAACUGAACCUCCCACUGGUGAGUGUAGAACUGAGAAUUUUCUUUCUUUCCAUUGUUUGUCAGUUUUAUGGAUUUCUUUUUCUUUUUGAUCACUAUAAAUGGGUUAGAUCUGACUUCAUGUCAAGUUUAUGUCAGAGUAAUAGUUAGAUUAUCAAGCUUCAUCCUCUGGAAUUUUUUUGUAUGGGGAGGGGGUUCUCUUGGGUUCACAGCCACCUUAACCCUUUUACUUGUAUCAUCAGUAUACAUAUUCUCCAUACUGUUCUCUAUACAUUUUCUAUGGUACUGGCAAGGAGAAUUUGUUUAACAAUCAAGAGUUUUUUAAGCUGGUGAUCAUUUCCUUUAUUCUCAUGACCUUGGUGUUUGUUUUAGGGGUGAUACUGCAGAUAGGGGAAAAUAGGAAAAUAGUUAAUUAUCACUCGUAAGGGUUAAAGGGUCAAAGGAUUUGUACAAGUUACAGAAAAUUGAGCAUUGAUUUUGGUUCUUGUUUUUGUGACCUCCAGUUUUCUACUAAUAAAAAAAAAGUGAUAAUUCUGAUAUUGGUUCAGGUCACUUAAAAUAUGAUCACAAUGUUCAACAGGUGGGUAAUUUGAAUAGAAAUAAAAUGUAUUUUUUUCAGUCAUUUUCCAGACUCAGAGAGUCAUCGACAUUCAAGCAUAGGUUAUAAAAAGUAGUGGAAAAUGAGUAACCAUUGUUUAUUUGUGGAAAAGAAUGAACAAAGAAAUGUCUUGAAUUUGGUGAAUGAUUCUUUCCUCAUUAUACUUUUAAACCAACUUCUCAAUCACUGGUUAUGGAAGAUAUCAAAAAGUUUUUGGAAAAGGUCUGUAAAAGUUAAGGUAUAUUUUAAGUUUCAAAGAGUAAAAGUUUUGUGUUAAAUUUUUGUCUGUAGGAGUGUCUGCCCAGCUGGCCCAACAUCCUAAAGUCAUAGCUUGUCCUCACCUUGGUGCCAGCACAGUGGAGGCACAAACUAGAGUUGCCAAGGAGAUAGCUGAGCAGUUUGUUGAUGCUGUACAAGGGAAGUCCCUCUUUGGUGUGGUGAGUUAAUAUUUCAUUUUUGAGAUAAAUUGUAGCAAAAUAUGUAAUUUAGUCAUAAUAGGGCCAGGGUAGCAGAUGGCUUGCAGGUAGAUGUCAAAGUCUGUAAUGUGCUGGUGGCUACCCUGCAGGCUACAAAUGUCAUUGUACUCUUAACAGACAUAUCUCUUGUAAUUGGGUGACUUUGUGGAACAUUAAAAAUAAAUUUUAAUCUACCUUGAAGUAAAAGUAAAAUUUCCCAGGAGAGUUCAGUUAUCCUCAGAAAGAGAAGGUCCCCCAGACCCUCAGAACACAACCCGACUGCUCUUCUACACUACCCAUUUGUACCUUGAAUUAAUUGAAACCUCUGAUGCACAAACUGACCAUUAUUUGUAGGCAGUUUUUAAAUGUCAGGGGCAGAUCUAGGGGUGCUGGUGGUGCAAAUCCCCCUUCCCCUCUGAGGUGAGAAAUUAGGAAACUGUAUGUCACAAACAGUUUUCUAAUAUAGCCAGUAUCCUACAAAAAAACAAAAAAAAAACUGUGGUUUAGUUGUUUUGAAAUAAAAUAUGGGACUAGGUUGAAGAAUUUAUGUUCAUCAGAACAAUAUGCUUACAUCAAUCCAUUAUCACUGUGCAGUAUGCUUCACAGUUUUACCUGUGUUUUUAUUUGCUAUGUACUCUCAGCAGUUCACAUUAUGUUAUAUCCUAGUCAUAAGCCUAAUUCUUCUUCAUUGUUUGCUUUUAAAAUUUUUUUGCAUCACCUGUCAGUGACCUCAUUCCUUCAUUGUGCACCCUCCUUUAAAAAAAAAAAUCCUUGAUCUGCCCCAGUAUGUCAUGUGGUGGGUUCUCAUGCAGCCAUUGAGAAGUAAAGGAAAAAAUACAUUGAAUAAUUGAAAGAGGGAUGGAUGACAUUGCUAAAUGUUACAUACAGUGAAAACUCUGAAUAUGAAAGUGAUCUUUGCAGUAAUGAACACUUCUUAAACUGUAGUGAAAUUAAGGCCUGAAAAAAAUUCAGGCCUGUACAGGAUUCUUUUGAACCCAUGACUUCUGCAAUACUGGUGCAGUGCUCCACCAGCUGAGCUGACAAGCCAACUGGGAGCUGGUCAUUAUGUUGGUUCCAAAUAAAUGUGUGAAGUGAUGAAUGAGACUGUGAAUAUAUGAAAAUCACAUGAUGUGAACUGUGGAUUAUAAAGAUGAAAACUUUCAUGGGCUGAGAGCAGAAUUUUCUACAGAACACAAAAAAAGCCUUCAAAGAACCAAGGGUAUUAUUUUGUUACAGGUCAAUGCCACAUUCUUAGCAGAUGCCCUCAAGCCUCAGGCCCAGCCUUGGUUAAGCUUGGGAGAAAAACUGGGUAAGGUGGCGGCAUGCCUCUCUCAGGGAAAAGUUGCCAAGGCAACAGUAACAACUUAUGGUGCUGAUAUGAAACCUGCUGGACGCUACAUCACAGCUGCCGUGUCAUCAGGAAUUAUGGGAAGUGAGGCUAAUUUAGUGAAUUCUUCUGUAAUGGCCAAGGAGAAGGGAUGUCAGGUGAGUCAAGUUAACUUCAAACCUUUCACUCCUGGGCUCUCAAUAGUAAUUCUCCUUACUGUCUGCCAUACAAUUCUUAGAAAUGAUUUUGGAGAAUUUGGUAUUGGAUCAACUAACAAUCUCCUGAUUGAUAUUUUUCUUUAUUCUUGUCCCUUGUCUGCUUGAUAUUGUAUUGAUAUUGUAAGGAGAAAUUCUGUCUUGGUUUCAUAUGGGAGUCAAAAGAGUCAAACAGUUAACAUGGACAUAAAGGCUCCCUCUUGUUUGAAUUGGACAAAGUAGUAAUCAUGAUAAAAAGCAUGUGUUACCGCCAAUGGUGACCAGGCAUGGAAAAACAAAACUUUUCAUCCAAACUCCUUUAUGAAGGCGUUAAAAAAAAUUAGGCUAAAUACUUACAGUAUUUAAGGUAACAUUAAGUUCAAAAUCAAGAAAAAAAACUGAACAACAUAAAAACUCAUGGGCCUCAUUGCACCAUUCCAGAAUGCCAGCACUGUUUUGGCUCAAAAACUUAGAUAUCCCAUAUGGUAACCCAUGUGACGGCCAUGCAUCAACGAGUGGCAACAGUAUGCCUACAUUAUGCCCUCUCUUUGCCAAAUCAAUCAGGUCCAAAUCUGAGUGGAAGGGGGACACAUGUCUCGUACUAUUUAUGACAACAACCAGAUGUGCCAUUUAUUUAUAAUCCUGAAACUGUAAAUUGGGUCUUUUCUCAUAUAAAUACUAUUGCAUUGAGUUGAAUUUCUGUUUCCAGAAUAUAUUAAUGAAUGGUUAUUGGAGACUGAAAUGUCAAAGGUAUUUUUUGGUUUGGGAAAUGGAUAUUUACUGAUCUUUCACAGUAUUUUUCAAUGCCAUAUUUGAGCAACCUCAAGAGUUAUUUUGCUACACCUUUUUUUUUUUUUAUUAGCAAUCAGGUAAAAUUGAUUGCAUUCUUCUCUUAGGAUGUUGUGGUUCCUCAUUUCAGGUAUCGUCCACCCAUGUGGAUACAGUAGGUCUCCCAUAUCCUGCUGCAGUGUCCAUCACAUUCAACUGUGACGGCAAAGAUACUACUUUAACUGGAACAGUGGUGGGUCUUGAUGUACCAGUGCUUGUUAAGUUUGACAGCCUGGUGUUCUCUGGUGCAGUGCCACUCUCUGGAAAUUUGUCCUUCGUUAAGGGAAGUCCUGGGAAGGUUUUGGCUGACCUUGUGCCAAAAUUUGGAGAGAAUGGUUCUAUCAACUAUGUCCAUGUGGCCGGAGGGGGUGCGGAGAGUAUUGUUGUUGUCAGUACUUCCUCACAAAUCUCAGCUGGUUACCCCUGCAUUGCUCUGUGAACUGAGUGUUUGGUCUCUAGUGUGAAUGACCUCUCCUAGUGUUUGUUAAGUCAAAUUAGAUUCAACAAUAAUUCAUAUAGUUUUGCAACCAAACUGCAAAUGUAGUUGCCU